AUGUCCUGGAACCGGCCUCAGCUGAGGAGCGGCACCGAUCUGCAGCUGCAGUCGGCUUUCAAUGACGGACAAUGGGCCAACGCCAUCCGUCUCGCUGAGCAGCGAUUCCGGACAUUCAAGGAUCCCUAUUUUGAGGCUGUGAAAACAUGCGCCGAAAGUCAGUUGGACUCACCUUUGGAAAAGGCGUCACCCUUCAUUGCCAUCCGGAAGCUGGUUCAAGAUCCGACCGCCGUGAGGGACCCUGACACUCUGGAGUUGCUCGAGUGGGCUUCCGAGGAGUUUAUUGGGGACCAGGACUUUUCCGAGACCUUUGGCCCCUUGAAGCUGCGCUACGUCAAAGCCAAGCCCAAGGACAAAAAUGGUGGUACGAGAUGCCUGGAAUCAUGUCUGCUUCACUGGGACUUGGUCAGCGCACAGCAAAUCGCAGCAGUGCUCGACAAGUCAUUUCCUCAAGAAAGAAGCUUCCUUUUCUGGAACAUCGCCAUAACGCAUCUACUGGCAACCAAUGAGCAGUGUCCAGCUGGAAAGAAGCAGCUCUAUGGCAUGCUCGCCCUGAAGCAAAUGCAGCGUGCUGCGCAAUUUGCAGAACAGAGUGGCGUCGAGAAGAACGGCGAAGUCUCCGACCGAGCCAUCAAGACAGAAGAAGAGAUCCUCCUCUUCUACCGCAUUCUCGAGGCCCAUGGCUCCAAUGCCGAGUGGGAUGCAGCCCUGAAGGGCCCUACCCUUAACCCUGUCUACCAAUUCAGGAAAGGACGCAAAGAAUUGUUUCUGCAGGCGAUAGAAGUUCUCGAGCGGAAGGGGCAGUGGAAGACUGUCUACGACCUAUGCAAGGAUUGUCUGUCAACGACGGACGAGAAUCAAAAGCUGAGCCUUCUUGCUUGUGACUAUGCGGUGUGGAAGAAAUUCCUCAAUGCCGCGGGCCAGAUAGGACAAACCCAAGAGACUUCUGCCGAGGUUUCCGAACUCAUCAACCGCUUCCUGACUCAAGAGGGUGUACGAUCCAUCUACAAGCGCAACGUCCGCCUGGCAAAGGUGGAAGCUACGUUCCUCUUCCCCAAGACCACGCAGCCAGGCUCUACAGCCAAGUCAACCGAAUUCGAGGAAUUGCGUCAGUACAUUGAGGUCGAGUGCGAAUCGCCUGUCUGUUUCGACGACGUCAGGGGUUUUGUCGAGCGACUUCCGCCACAAGAGAUCAAAGCCCUUGCGUAUGAAUUCCUUAUUGGACUGUCAGAAGAGUCUCAGGACGCUGCGAGAUCAGCAUCUGUGAAGGCUCUUGCGUACAAGCUGCAAUACCUCGGACUGUCUUCGCCCCAGACCCUCGUUCGUGUCCCGAAUGAGGAUGUCAAGAAACCAAAUGAUUGGAAGUGUAUCACUUGCAACACCAUCAACGAGUCACCCACCUGCACAGCCUGUGUCAAGAAACUACUGGAGUCAGCCUUGAGCCUGUACUCCUCCCUCAUCAACUCCACUGAAAUCGGCCACCUUGAUUGUGUUCCGGAACUAGCUAUCCUCGCAGCAUCAUGCUGUGUGAGGUUGAGCGGCGCCCACGAACGUGGCAUCGACAACCCCACCUCGCUUUCGAAGAACAGCAGACCUGACCGCUUGCUUCAGGCUGCCCUCAUCAUCGAAGAUCAGCUCACAAGGACACCAAAGCACACAAGACUUACACUGGUUUUGGUGCGCAUCUACCUAGUGCUGGGAUGCGCUUCCCGUGCUCGUGAAGUGUGGGAUACCACAGACGUGAAGCGCACCAUUAUCGAUUCUCUUGGCCCCUACUUCUUCGACCGCCUAUCAACCAUUGCGCCAACUUUGGUUCUUCCGCCAAACAGACCUGAGAGAGGACUCAUGCAGGGACUGAAAUCUCAUUACCGGACGUCUCUCAAGCUGAGAAUGCCUAGAAGGCUGGCUGAUGCUUUUGAAGCUGAGAGUUACACUGCCAUUCUUGAUAUACCCAGUUACACUGAGCGGCUGAGGGCCAGCUGCACGCUUGUGAUGGGAUAUGUGGAGGAGUCUCAAGCUGCUAGAGCGCUGGAUAUCCGCAGCGACUCGAUAUUCGAAGAGCCGGCGAUUGACGAAAUCACCGACGGCUCUGUGCUGAACGAGGUAAUCGACUACGGAUCUGUACCUAACCUAGAGGCUGCCUCGAGCCGCCCUACAUACGACGUUCUGCGGCUGGGCCCUGAUCCAUCGAACCUGCGUUCCCACUUGGCUCUCGCUGCGGAAAGGUUCUUCGAGAUCAUGACAUUCAAAGCCGCAUCAUCUUACAAGGUGGCCAACACCGCACAAACGACAGCAGCAGAGCUGACCUUCGUCCUGGAAUCCCUCCAGCGCCUGGGCAAUACCCUGAGUAGAUUCCUUCACACUCGCGGCAAGAAUCUUACGCAGCAGGAGGAAACUUACUACGAAGUGAUUUCACUUCUGACUACCCUGAUUCCCCUCUCCGUCUCCGCCAGUAGAAGCCCGCCGCCUCCCGAGCUUCUGGCAAGCAUCGUGUCAGCGAUCAAGUCGGGCCUGGAGGUCCUUCGCGCGCAAGCGCUCUCGACGCCAGCUGAUGCAGAAGAGUCCACGUUGCUCCUGAUGCUAGGCUCGCUGCAUGGCCUGUCGAUUCUUCGCGACGCUGCCGCUGCCGUGAAGCUGGCCACGUCUUACAUCGUGACUUUCAACGAUCGUGAGAAGGAGAGGGAUCGCUCUGGGCAGAGCAACGUGCCCAAGGAUGUCAUGGUUCAAGUCAAGGCACUAGAGGCUGCAGCUGGCACUGCUUUCACGGAAGGCAAAGCGCGGGUUGCUCUCUUGAAGCAGGAAAGCAACACGCUGAACGCUAAGCUGAGCUCCUGGACGUUUCAGACAGAGUCUGGAGACGACGUAUCAAAACAGAUACGCGAGGUAGCAGGGUCUCACGUCGGUGUUUGGUCACAGCGGGUGACUGACAGCUGGCGAACGAACGUGAAGGGCUGGGAAUCGGUGCGAUGGGAGUAG